GGAACCCGGAAGUGGAGAAGUUAGCGAGCGAAGGCGGCCGUUCAGACAUGAACGUGAGAGAAAGAACAAACGACAAAGAAGGAAAAGAAGCAAAAGAAGGAAAAGAAUGAGAGACACCAGACUGAAGACAUGAGACAACGUUUUAUUCUUACCAGUCUGACUGUGACAGCAGUCCUCCUCUCUUUGGACGUACUGGCUCAGGAACAGGUGCAGAUCCAGUUCCAGAAAGACCCAGUCCUGGUUCAGACUGGUACAGAGAUCGUGUUCACGGUGCUGACCGUGUCUCAGGUCCUGUCCAUAACAUGGAAGUACAAAGGAGACGUGACUCUGGGCGUGUGGAGCGGUGGGAAUCCUGUGGUCGAUACGGUGCCACAGUUUGAAGGCAGGGUCACCCUAGCGGCCAAUCAGCUCCGGAUCGGCGGAGCUCAGCUCCGAGACGCCGGGAAUUACUCGGUGAUCGUGAUCCCAAUGUUCUCCACGGGGAUGGUCCAGAACUCCAGAUCAGUGCAGCUGAGGGUGUUUGACGCAGUGGCCGGAGUGAGUCUGUUUGUCCCCUCGGUGGCGGUGGAGGGUAAAAACGUCUCUCUGAGGUGUCGGUGGACGGCCGGGACAGAGACGUCUGUCCAGUGGGGGAAGGACGGUGUGGCGGUCACCGCUGACUCCAGGAUCAUCUUAUCUGACGACGGCUCUCUGAUCAUGGACCCGUCCAGACGAGCUGACACUGGAGAGUACAAGUGCACCGUCAGUAACCUGGUCAGCGCCCAGACCGCCACACAGACUCUCACUGUCUACUACGGACCAGACACUCCGGUCCUGACCAAGGACUCGCCCAAGGACUGCGUGGGCGGGGGGGACGUGCUGGUGGGACAGACGGUCCGUCUCACCUGCACGUCCGCCUCGCUGCCUCCUGCCCUCUUCUCGUGGCAACGCGACGGACAGACGGUGACGUCGGGACAGCCGGACAGCGGCGUCCUCAACCUGCAGACGUCGUCCACUGACGAGAGUGGACGCUACACGUGCACGGCCGCGAACAGCGUGACGAGCGGCUCGUCUGAGCAGGACACGCUGCUCAGCGUCGUGGACACAUGUCUCAGUGGAGGAGAAGUGGCCGGGAUUGUGAUCGGAGCUUUUCUGCUCCUCGUGAUCCUCGUGCUCCUCAUUGCACUCAUCGUUUUCCUUAUACGAAGGAGGAGGGAACAUCGGAGACACAGAGACACCGUGUUUGUCCACAAAUCCAACCCUGAUCCUCUGACUUUACCUGCAGAGCCUCGACCUGUGAGGGCACUGGAUCGGCGUCCCGACCCCCCCCUCCACCACUCUGACACACACACUCACACACCGGGACACUUCUACACCGCGGCACACGAAACCCACGGCAACGGACCGACGCUGCUGCUGAACAGCCUUCAACACUCGGACUCGCACAGACACACAAACGGACGCCUGCACAACAGCAUCGACAACCCGGCGUUCACACACACAGAAGCUCAGACCACAAACACGCAGCAGCAGCAGCAUCAGCAGCAGCAUCAGCAGCAGCAGCAGCAGCAGCAGCAACAGCAGCAACAACAACAACAGAACCCCAACAUCCUCAUCCAGGCCGGGACACAGGGAGGAAACCCGGCGCCGGCGCUUCAGCUGAGCCUGAACACACUGCCACAGACCACACAACACAACAACGCACAGUUACCCACAAUCCACCUCAACCUCAACUCCUUCUCCGGCAGCGCUCCACAGACGCAUGACGCAGUGAGUAACCAAACACAAGCAAACCCCGCCCUUUUCCUCCCUAACGGCCGCGUCGACACUGGACCUGUGCCGACCACGUUCACGCACGUCAACCGCAACAAUGUCACGCAGCAGAACGCAGACACGCAGACGUACGAGGACACCCCGGCACGUCACCGACGCGCUGAGAGACGCACCGCCUCCCCGAGCUCCGCCCACCGACAGAUGCCGUGGGAUCAGGUCAGAGGGACGCCGUCGUAUCCAAGUGGCACGCUUCAGAGACGAGCCCUGUCACCAGAGUUCAUCUCAGACUCUACGGACUACACCGCCCAAUCAGUGCCACGGGAGGGAAGAGCGGCAAGCAGAGCUGACCCCCGACCUCCGAGACAGGACGCCACGGCAACGCGGAGCCGAUCAGCUGAUCGUCGCGGCGCCAACAGCGGCAUUGAAGCUCUGUUUGACACUUUACACGACAGGCUGAGGAACUCCCGCACACAAGGGCGGAGCCAUCAGCAGGGAGAGCCCGGGCGCCACGAUGUCGCCAGGCAGGACGCCACACGUAGACACACCCCCAGUGAGCCACAGCAGCAGCAGCAGCAGCAGCAGCAGCAGCAGCAGCAGCAGGUGUCAGCGGGGCUGAGUGGACCUCACAGCUCAGAUACCAGAGCGUUGGCUGAUCCUAAUCACCUUCCCCAAGCCCACAUGUCACAACCGAUCCAGAACCAACCACAAGCCCCGGCCGCGCACACACAGCCUGCUGUCACACGCGCUGCCAACAACGCUCGCCAAACUGGCGCUGCUCCACUUCCUGUCCACUCUCAUCCCAGUCACCUGACCCAGGCUGCAGUGACGGCCCACACUGAGCGGGCUCGCACGUUUCAGAGCCGCAGACAACAGACGCAGGCUGCGCUGCUCAGCCCGGGACCACAGACCCGGACUCCUGCCGCCGCCGCCUCCGCUCAGCACGCUCAUGCCCCUCCUCCUCCCCCCGUCAUCCCCCUCACUCAGUUCCAGACACUCCCCAAAGAGCGGCAUCAGCACAGAUCCCCGGGCAGAGCCCCGCAGGCGCCCAGGCCUCCCGUCAACAUCCCGCUGAGUCAGCGGAACCUACACGUUCAACGGCAGCACCAUCCUGUGGCCACGCCCGCCAACAGACAGCACCGCCCACCUGGACAUGUGCACGUCAGUCCACACAGGAACGCCCAUCAUGCCCAUCACGCCCAUCACGCUCAUGCCCGCGGCCACGGAAACCCCGCCCACUUCACCAACCCACGACAGGCUCAGAGAGGGAGACCACGGUGAGGACAGACAUCAGCACACAGAGACACAAGCACGACUGUCCGUCUGUCUCACUCUGGUGUCUCACUGCCUCAGAUACAGCAGGGACAGAGACAACAGAGACGACAGGGAUAGAGACAGAGACAGCAGGGACAGGGACAGAAGAGAUAGACAGCAGGAACAGAGACGACAGGGAUAGAGACAGAGACAGCAGGGACAGAAGACAUAGACGGCAGGGAUAGAGACAGAGACAGCAGGGACAGAGAGAGAAAAGAUAGACAGCAGGGACAGAGACAGAGACAGCAGGAACAUGAAGUAUUGAUAUUUCCGUGCCUUUUGUUUACAGUUACUUUGCACUUGUCAGUGAAGAGGAUUCAGUGAACUAUGAAUGGAUGACUCUUAUUAAUGAAAUGCUUUAAUGAAUGAAUGAAUGAAGCUUGAGCUGCUGUAGCAGCAUAAAGUAAAGUGUCUGUCUGUGCUGGGUCACAGACGUUUCAUUAAAGGGACAGUUGUGUGUUUCUGUUAGGUACUGACAUAUACUGCAGCCUGAGCUGUGUGCGCCCCCUGCUGGUCACCUCCUCCACCAAGAAGCAGCACAAGAAAGAUCUACAUCAGUUUAAGUGUACGAUGUCUUUAAGAACAUGUUCACGUCUUUAUCUCAUUGUUAGACAGACUUUUCCAACAGGAAAGUGAAGUUUGUAAACUACUCACUCUCCCACACCAAACCCCAUAGAGAAAAUCAGUGAUUUUAGCUCGUGGGGACACAGGAGCUGCUGGUCCACUGCUGCCUUGUGUGGUCACUUUGUGUCACUGAGGUCAAUCUGAACAAAGGAUUUUAAAAGCCAAAUUAAUAAAAUAAGAGAUUUGAACUUAGUGAUGGAGGCAGCAGUGGAUCAACAGCUCCUGUGUGCUGUGAUGUUAAAAUCACUGAUUUUCUCGAUGGGGUUUGGUGUGGGAGAGUGAGUGGUUUACAAACUUCAGUUUUCUAGGUGCAUCUUUAGUUAAAUUUAGUUUUUGUUGGCAGCCAUAGUUCUAGUUUUAUUUAGAGCGUGUGUCUGUUUAUCUGGCUGGUUUUCAGCAGCAGGGGGCGCUCACAACACUCAGACCUGUGUCAGUGCAUCACACAAAUUUAUGUCAUUGUUAAUUUUUCAGAUUAUAUUUUUACAGGUUGAUUUUGUCUGUUUAUUCUCAGGGAUUUAAUGAUGAAAAUACUUUUAUAAUAUAAUUAUUUUUUUAUGUCUUAAAGGAGAAGGCCGGUGAUAUUUAAUGUUUUCAUAUUAAACAUGAACACAUGAAUAAUCAAACAUGAACUGAUGCUACUGUGCGUAAGUGUGUGUGUUUCUGUUCUGGAGAUGACACUUUGUCUCUGUAAAAAAUCCAUGUAUUAAUUAUUCACUUAUUUAAAAGACA